CCGCCCCGCCCCGCCGGCCCGCGCGGCCGCAACCCCGGGAGGCGCCUCCGUCAUGGCCGGCGGGAGCCGGGCCGCGGGGCCGCAGCUCUAGGCCACCCCAGCCGCCCCGCGUGGCCCUGCCACCACCAUGGAGAACGAGCAGCUCCCGGCACCUCCGCCCUCCAGCAGCGCCGGCGGCACCGGCACGACGCCCAGCAGCACCGGCACCACGCGCCCAGCCGCACCGCAGAUCUCCGUCUACAGUGGCAUUCCUGACCGCCAGACUGUCCAGGUGAUCCAGCAGGCCCUGCACCGGCAGCCCAACACGGCAGCGCAGUACCUGCAGCAGAUGUAUGCUGCGCAGCAGCAGCACCUGAUGCUGCAGACGGCCGCGCUGCAGCAGCAGCACCUCACCAGCGCCCAGCUCCAGAGCCUGGCGGCCGUGCAGCAGGCCAGCCUGGCAGCCAACAGGCAGAGCGGCUCCUCUGGCAGCAACGGCACGCAGCAGGCGCCUGUGCAGCAGCCCACGAUCAACCUGGCCACCUCGCCAGCAGCAGCCCAGCUCCUGAACCGGGCACAGAGUGUCAACCCCGGAGCGUCAGGCAUCGCGCAGCAAGCUGUCCUGCUGGGCAACGCCGCCUCACCUGCCCUCACAGCCAGCCAGGCACAGAUGUACCUGCGGGCACAGAUGCUCAUCUUCACGCCCACGGGCCCCGUCAGCGCCGUCCGGCCCGAGAGCCCUGCACCUGUCCCACCGCCAGCCCCACCACCCGCCCCACCGCCCGCCACCCCCCAGGUGCACAGCCUGGCGCUGCGCCCCGCCGGCCCCCACCUUCCCGCCCUCGCCAUGAAACCCCCUGGCAGCGCUCCACGGGCCGGACCCCCCCGGGUCCCCCCACCCGAGAACCCUGCUGACCACCUCAAAAAGGCUGAGGGCCCCGAUGCCCGCACCCACCCCAUGGCCCGCACUGCCACUGCCCCUGCUGCCGCCCACCCGCUCGUCACCCCAGCCUACGCCCCGCUGCAGCAGCCCCAGUUCCUGCAGCAACCACCGAAGCCGAUGCAGCAGCAGUUUGUCAUCCAGCAGCAGCAGCAGCAGCAACAGCUGGCACCCCGCGGGCAGCCCCCCCCGGGUCCAGCUGCCCCCCAGCUCCAGUCACUGCCCCCUGCCAGCCCCAGCCCAGCCCCCCCACCCAAAACGGGAGCCCCCCACGGGACGGGGGCGGAAGGCACAGCCCCCAACGGGCACCCCGGCUGCUAUGGGGCACCCCGCAAGUUCCAGCACGCCUCCGCCGUCAUCCUGCAGCUGCAGCCCGCCAGCAGCACGCCGCCGCUGGGUGCCGCAGAGGCCGCCCGCCGAGACGCGCCGCCCGCCGCCAGAAGCCCCCCCGCCACCGCGCCUCCCGCCGCCGCCGCCGCCCCCCCGCCGCCCCCCGGCCCCGAAGCGCCGCAGGGGGAGAGCGCCGCCGCGCACGAGCCGGGCGCGGAGCGCGUGGAUGCGCCGCCCGCCGCCCCCGCCCCCGGCAUGACCUCGGGCAGCGGCAGCGCUGCCUCCACCGUCGCCGGCGCCGCCCCGCACAAUGGUGAGAACAAACCGCCGCAGGCCGUGGUGAAGCCGCAGAUCCUCACGCACGUGAUCGAGGGCUUCGUCAUCCAGGAGGGCGCCGAGCCCUUCCCGGUGGGCCGCUCCUCGCUGCUGGUGGGGGGCCUGAAGCCGCAGUAUGCACAGGAGCUGCUGGCAGAGCGCGCCCCGCAGCACGACAACACCACAACCACCGACUCUGAGAUGGAGGAGCCCUACCUGCAAGUGUCCAAAGAGGAGGGGGCUCCCCCGAAGCUGAAGUGUGAGCUGUGCGGCCGCGUCGACUUCGCCUACAAGUUCAAGCGCUCCAAGCGUUUCUGCUCCAUGGCGUGUGCCAAGAGGUACAACGUGGGUUGCACGAAGCGCGUGGGGCUGUUCCACCCCGACCGCAACAAGCUGCAGAAGCCAGGAGGGCCCCCCCACAGCCGCCGCCGCACCUGCAAAGUGCCCACGCUCAGCAAGGACACCAAGAAGCAGACGCCGGUGUCCCUCCCGCCGGGCUCGGGGCCGCUCUCGGUGACGGCGUCGCUGCAGCUCAACCACAGCCAGGAGGACUCGAGCCGCUGCUCGGACAACUCGAGCUACGAGGAGCCGCUGUCGCCCAUCUCGGCCAGCUCGUCCACCUCCCGCCGGCGCCAGGCUGAGCGUGACCUGGAGCUGCACGACAUGGAGCUGCGUGACAUGGAGCUGCCCGAUAUGCACGUGCGGGAGCUGGCGGGCAUUGGGCACCGCUUCCUGCCCAGCGAGCCCAGCAAGUGGAACGUGGAGGAUGUCUACGAGUUCAUCCGCUCGCUGCCGGGCUGCCAGGAGAUCGCAGAGGAGUUCCGUGCCCAGGAGAUCGACGGGCAGGCGCUGCUGCUGCUGAAGGAGGAUCACCUGAUGAGCACCAUGAACAUCAAACUGGGGCCAGCCCUCAAGAUCUACGCCCGUAUCAGCAUGCUCAAGGACUCCUAGAGCCGCACCGUCGGCUCACAUGGACGCUCCCACCGGGUGGGGAGGGGGGGGACAGACCCAAGCCCCCCCCUCAACCCUGCCUGUCCUGGUUGGGGGGGGGGGGGGAACCUAUCACUGAGCACAAACAGCCCCGGGGCAGCCCCCCCCUCGGCUGCAGGGUGUGUACAUAUAACCCGUAGCGAUAGUGGCCCCACUGUGGCAGGGAGCCCCCCCGGCACGGCGGGGCACAGCAGGAUGGUUGCCUUAAUGCGUGGCCCCGCCGGGGCCCGGCUGCCCGCCCUGGGGUGGGGGGGAGGGUGUGGGGGUGCCUACAGAGAUGGCACUGCCCCCAGCAGGGCUGCUCCAGGGGCACCUCAGUAAAGGAUGGAGGUGGUGGGGGCUUGAUACCCCCAGCAGGUAAGGACCCCCCCCCCUCAGCCCACACCGCUGCCGUCAGCCGCCACGGUCUUUCUAAGAAAAGGAGGAAAAAAGGAAAAAAAAAAAAAAAAAAAAAAAGAAAAAAACACAGAA